CGCUUAGUGGUCGCACCCGCACAGGAAAGAAAAAAUGAAACCCUAGUCCCACAACGAGCAUCCCAAAUUCGACCCGGUCCGUCUUCAAUCCUCUCGUCGACAACCGUACGAUACGACAAAGCCGCCCACCAUGUCGUCCAAGGUCAAGGCUGGUCAGCUCUGGGGAAAGAGCAAGGAUGAUCUCACCAAGCAGCUCGAGGAGCUCAAGUUCGACCUGAACCAGCUCCGUGUCCAGAAGAUUGCUGGUGGUGCUUCGGCGAAGACCCAGAGGAUCCACGACGUCCGCAAGUCGAUCGCUCGUGUCCUCACCGUCAUCAACGCCAACCAGCGCUCGCAGCUCCGCCUCUUCUACAAGAACAAGAAGUUCCUCCCUCUUGACCUCCGCCCCAAGCUCACCCGCGCCCUCCGCCGCCGGCUCACCAAGCACGAGGCUACCGCGAAGACCGACAAGCAGAAGAAGAAGCAGAUCCACUUCCCCCAGCGGAAGUACGCUGUUAAGGCUUAAAUAAAAUAGAGUCUGAAUCUUCUGCAUGGAGUUACGGGAAAACCUCAAACUUGAGAACAUACACGGCUUGGGGGACCGCCUUGGCUUUUUAUAGAUACCAGCCAGAGAGGACUUCAGACGUUGUUUUUCUUGAAAAUGAAUAAAAUGAGGCAAAUCGGUUUAUGUAUCUUAGUGCAAGAUGCUGGUCGACUGUUGAAAUGAAGGCUUUACAUGAUUCUCCUUA